AUUAAUUCGGACCCUUGACCGUAGCUGCGCGCUCACUCCGCCUCGAGACAUGAGUGAGGGGCUUGUCCGUGACGGCGGUGCGAGCUCCGCCAUAGCCACGGGCCAGACACGAGUGCGCAUAGCCAAGCCUAUAAGAAAGCAGCGUUCCCUCUCUUCUCUCUCCAAUGUCGAUCACGCUCCAUGUUUCUGGUUGAGUGCUCUGUGCUGGCCCUCUUGGCCGUGUACCUUUCAGCCUCAUCUGCCUCUCCCUCCGCCCAGCGUCCCUUUGCCUCUUCAAAAGGGACAGACAAGCCUGGAGUCGGCUUUGAAGAGGCUGACUGCAGUACCUGGAAGCUCGAUGUCAAGCCCCCGCUGCGGUGCUUUUUCUUUGAGACGCCUCUCGACUACAACAAUGCCGCCGACAACCGGACUGCCCGGCUUGCGGUGCUCCACUACCCCGCUGGCGCAGGGAAGACACCACGGGAACAGGUACAAGGCUCCCUCUUUCUCAAUCAGGGCGGACCUGGCGUCAGCGGCGUUCAAUUUCUCAUUGAGAGCGCCGAAAAGUACGACAAACUUGUCACAAAUGGCGCCUACGAUCUCAUUGGAUGGGAUCCUCGAGGUGUGGGCCUGACGCAGCCCGGAGCGCGCUGUUUCCGCACGCUCGACGACGAAUACUACGACUUGGUCAGCCCACAGAGCUUCCGUGGCGAGUCGGACGUGGGCCUCUCAUGGGCAUUGCAGAGCCUCACACUCCGCGCCGAAGUAUGCUCAAAUGCCCCCGUGGCUCCCGAGCUCCCCUUUGUCGGCACAAAAUCGACAGUGAGAGACCUGCGGCUCAUGUACAAGGCCGUGGGCGACGAGGGGUUCAAUUACUACGGACUGAGCUACGGUACUGUGAUCGGAAAUACUUUCGCAACGAUGUAUCCCAAUGAAGUUCGUCGCAUGGUCCUUGACGGCGUCCUCGAUGCUGACGACCAUUACUCCGGGCUCUGGGAGACCUCGAUGGAGGACAACGAGGCAGUGUACCGAGUCGGUUUCCUGGGCGAGUGCGCAAAGGUCAGAGAGCGAUGUCAGCUGUACAAGGCCCUCCAAGACCAGCAGAUACUCGAUAGACUCUCGGACGGCGAAGUCGCAAGUCGCCUUGAAGAUCUCAUCAAUGGCCUCUUGCAACGGACAAGGGCCAAGCCGCCGUACUCGACAGGACUCGAGACGCAUCCCAACGGAACAAUCGAGCGUCUCUUCCCGGCCCAGUCGGUAUUCUAUUCAAGGAUUAAAAGCCUAAUGUUUUCGUCCUUUUACCAGCCAAGAACCUGGAAGACAAUGACGGAAGCCCUCGCCGAGCUAGUGGGAGGCAACGUUACGGGCUUCUUGCUCAAAACGACCUAUCGACUGGGCUACGAGGCCUACAAGGAAAGGAAGCUGAAGAGGCCGCUCUCGACUGGAGCGGCCUUCAGGGCCAUUGCGAGCGCUGAUGCUCUCCAAAAACUUGCCACGUACGAUGUGGAUACAGUAGAAAGUCGGUUGGACAAGCUGCAAGAAAUUGCCCCUUUUGGUGCCGAGGUCUGGAUCAACAACCAAAUGAGCAUUCAAACUUGGCGAAUCGAGAACAAUGACAAGUUCACCGGCAACUUUACCGUCGUGCCCAAAUUCCCUAUCCUCUACGUUGGAAACGACUACGACCCUGUGACACCAUUGAGUGUCGCCAAGAAGCACGCGAAGCUGCGCGAGGGCAGUGGUCUGCUCAGAGUCAAGCAGUAUGGCCACACCUCGGACCCCCUCAUCAGCAACUGCACGAGCGACACCCUCCGGGCCUACUUUCUCAAUGGCUCUGUUCCUCUGUUUGGUCAUAACGUCGACGGCGACAAGGAUGAAGUGGCGGGCAAGGUCUGCACAGCAACGGUGGGGCCUUACGACGACCAAACGCAUUUUGAGAAGAUGCUCAGGCGUCCGUACUCUGUGUUUGAUAGCGAGCAUCUGGGCCUAAUUUGAGAAACCGGUGAUGCCCUGCCGAUGGUGAUGACAAGUAUGAAUUGUUUAAUGGUACAAAAAUGAGUGCGGAUCGAGUUCAGGCCAAGAGAAUGUGGGAAGGAGAAUUGGACAACGGUCGGAUUGGCGG